AUGUUUUCGUGCAGUGUAUGCGAUAAAACCUUUACUAGAAUCUGUAGUCUACACUAUGUUUCCAAUAAGAUUUCAUGCAAUAAUUGUUUUCAAGUGUUCACGCAAAGAGAUAACCUCAUCAGACAUAGUAAAGAAAAACAUCGUUCAAAUAUUAUAAUCCAACAACAACCAACCAUAACCAAGCGAGAAAUUCAAGAUUUUUUGAAACCUACUGAACAAAUUUACGAUUAUAAAGGUAAAUAUCUCAUUUAUAUCUUUGUACCUAUACAU